AAAGCGUUCAACAUUUCGUUUUCCCAUACUCAAAAACAUGCAAAAAUAGCUAAAAACUUCUUGCAGUUUACGUUAUUUUCAUAAAAUUUCUUGUUUUAAUUCGUUUGAUUUAAUAAAUUUCGCAAUAGUCUGCUAUCUAAAAUGGAUCUCCGAAAAUGUCGCUGUCGUAAGAUAUUCCCGAUUGUUAGGACACUAGAGGAGGGCACAAAUACCUCGUUCAUCAGCGAUAUGGUUCCACCGUCGCUGAUAGAAAUUCAGCAAGAGCCAUCCGAACAGAAAUCUGAAAUACCUAAUAUUAUACAUGAGAAAAAGGAUCCGAGACCUUCGCUUAAAGUACCUGAUGAAGAUACCGUACAAAAGGGAUGCGUAUUCGGGGUGUCCGGUCCGGUGGUCAAUGCCGAGAAGAUGUCCGGCUCGGCCAUGUACGAGCUGGUGCGAGUGGGCCACUACCGACUGGUGGGCGAGAUCAUACGCUUGGAGGGCGAUAUGGCCACCAUACAGGUGUACGAGGAUACCUCGGGCGUCAGUGUCGGCGAUCCCGUGUAUCAGACCGGCAAGCCGCUAUCUGUCGAGCUGGGCCCUGGCAUAAUGGGCUCCAUUUUCGAUGGCAUUCAGCGACCAUUGCGCGACAUCAGUGAGCACAUGAAGUCCAUUUAUGUGCCGAAAGGUGUCGAUGUCUACAGCCUCUCGCGCUCCUUUGAAUACGAGUUCAUUCCGGAGAAGAGUAUAAAUGUGGGCGACCUCAUCAGCAGCGGCGACAUCUACGGCACCGUCCAGGAGAACAGCAUGGUGGAGCAUCGUCUAAUGCUAUCUCCGCGCUUUCUGGGCAAAGUCAACUAUAUCGCUCCCGCUGGCAACUACAGCUUAGAGGACACGGUCAUCGAGACGGAGUACGAUGGCAAGGUAACCCAGCACACGAUGCUCCAGGUCUGGCCAGUGCGUGAAAAUCGCCCGGUCAUCGAAAAACUACCUGGCAAUCAUCCGCUGCUAACUGGGCAACGUGUGCUCGAUGCCUUCUUCCCCUGCGUUCAAGGCGGCACCACAGCCAUUCCCGGUGCCUUUGGCUGUGGCAAGACUGUGAUCUCACAGGCCCUGUCCAAGUACUCCAACUCGGAUGUCAUCAUCUACGUCGGCUGCGGUGAGCGUGGCAAUGAAAUGUCCGAGGUAUUGCGCGACUUUCCCGAGCUCACCGUCGAGGUUAACGGUGUCAAGGAAUCUAUAAUGAAGCGCACAGCUCUGGUGGCCAACACCUCCAACAUGCCCGUGGCAGCCCGGGAAGCCUCCAUUUACACUGGCAUCACUAUAUCUGAAUACUUCCGUGAUAUGGGUUACAAUGUGGCCAUGAUGGCCGAUUCCACCUCCCGUUGGGCUGAGGCUUUGCGUGAGAUCUCUGGCCGUCUGGCUGAGAUGCCUGCUGAUGCGGGCUAUCCCGCCUAUCUGGGCGCACGUCUCGCCUCCUUCUAUGAGCGAGCCGGCCGCGCCUUGUGCCUGGGCAGUCCCGAGCGCGAGGGUUCCGUGUCCAUUGUGGGCGCUGUCUCGCCACCUGGUGGUGAUUUCUCCGAUCCCGUUACCUCAUCAACAUUGAGCAUUGUCCAGGUGUUCUGGGGUCUCGACAAGAAGCUGGCCCAGCGCAAGCAUUUCCCCUCCGUCAAUUGGCUGCAGUCGUAUUCCAAGUAUAUACGAGCCCUCGACCAGUACUACGAGGAUGAGAGUCCGGAGUUUGUGGACUUGCGUGCAACGGCUAAGCAAAUACUGCAGGAAGAGGAUGACCUGUCCGAAAUUGUUCAGCUGGUGGGCAAAACGUCGCUGAACGAGUCGGACAAGAUUACGCUGGAGGUGGCCAAAAUGCUGAAGGAUGACUUUCUGCAGCAGAACUCGUACAGUCCGUACGACUCCUACUGUCCCUUCUACAAGACGGUGGGCAUGCUCAAGAACAUGAUAACCUUCUACAAUCAGGCCAUACUAGCGGUCUCAAAUACAUCUAGCCAAGAGAUGCAUGUCACAUGGGGUCUGAUACGAGAGCAAUGCAACGAGUUGCUCUACGAAUUGGGCACCAUGAAGUUCAUCGAUCCCAAGUUGGGCCAGGAAUCCGUGGAGGAGCAAUUGGAGAAAACCUACAAAAAUGUUCUCAAGACUUUGCAAGAUUUGGAAGCCAAUGUGUCGUCGUAUAUAUAAUGUAAGUUCCUAGACUAGAAAUAACAUAAAUUAAGCUAAAUAA